AUGUCCAACGCCGUGCGCGACGCGAUGGAGGCGCAGCUGCGGCGCGACGCGACGCUGGGCGCCAGCGUCGACGCGCUCUUCCGCUGCGUGCCCGCGCACCUCGUGCCCGUCGACGAGCAGAUGUCCAAGGCCCAGGUCAUCGUCGACCGCCCGAGCUUCCGCGCGCUCGCGGCGCGGCUCCUGGACCGGCCGGCGCCGGCCGGCGCCGCGGACAACGCCUUCGACGGCCUCGACGUCGACGGCGUCGGCGUGCUCUCCGUCGCGGAGAUCGCGAUCCGGCUCCGCGGCGGCGCGGCGCCGGGCGGCGUCGGCGACGCGGCCGUCGCCGACGCGCGCAAGCGGCUCCAGGCGAAGCUCGGCUCCCUCGUCGCCCGCGACGGCGCGCUCGUGUCGGGCGUCGCGCUACGCUUGGAGAAGCUCGGCUUCCGCGCGCUCGACGCCGCGGAGUUCCACCGCCUCGCGCUCCGGGCGCUGCACCUGCCCCUGGCGCGCGACGUGAGCGACGCCCUCUUCUCCAGCAUCGCCGGGGGCGAGCCCGUCGUCACCGUCGCGGCCUUCGUCGCCGCGGCGAUGCCGAGGGACUACGCGCGGGCGCCGUGGUACGUCGCGCGCCGCGACGAAAUGACAAAGACCGCCGCGGAGCGCCGCGACCCGGCGAGCGCGUCCAACGACCACGUGCCCAAACCGCCCGCGAGCCGCCGCGACCCGGCGAAGCUCCGCGAGGCCGUCGGCCACCACGUCGCGAAACUCGCCGCGUCCGACAGCCGCGCUUUGACGACCGUCGUCAAAGUCUUCGCGACGGCGGACCCCAAGGGCCGCGUGUCCCACCUCGAGGGCGACGGACAGCGCCGCAUCUCGCGCGACGAGUUCCGCCACGUGCUCGCGCGCAUCCUCAUGAUCCCCUGCGGUGCCGACGACGCCGACGCCGUCUUCGCGACGUACGCCAAAGCCGACGGCGCGAACCUGACGCUGGAGGAGUUCGUGCACCAGUCCAUGCCCCCGGACUACUCGCGGGAGCAGUGGAACGUCGCGCGCGAACAGGCCAUGCGCAGGGGCCACGGCUGGACCGACGACGCCGCGGGCGCGUCGCACAAGCGCCACGGGCCCUACGUCACGCCGCGCGCGGGCGAAAGGCGCGCGGGCGCGACGCGGCCCGCGAGCCCCGCGGACGCCGCGUCGCCCGCGGGGGUGGUGUCGCCCGCGGACGCCGCGUCGCCCGCGGACGCCGCGCCGGCCGGCGUCCCCGAGAUCCGCGCCGGGGCCGCGCUCGCCGCCGCCGCCGCGAAGAAGGCCGACGAGCCCCGCGCCGCGGAGCGGGCCGACGCGGCGCUCCCCGCCGUCGCGUCGGCGGCGCCGGCGCCCGCGGCCGUCGUCGCGCCCUUGGCGACGCCGCCGUCGACGUCGUCGUCGGGCUCCUCGUCGCGCGUCCCGAGCCGGCCGGCGACGAACCGCCCGAGCAAGUACCAGCGCACGAACACGGUCCACGCGCGCGCGGUCCUCGCGACGCCCGUCUUCGUCCAGAGGAAGUGCCUCCGGGCGACGGACCUCCCGAAGCACCGCCUCGCCCAGGCGCUCCUGGCCGCCGAAGUGGCCGCCGCGGCCUGA